AUGGACCUUAUGCUGAGAGAUUAUCUGCAAAGUACUAGAGAGAACACAUCAGCCGAGCUCGACCCUGAGUUCUUAACAAAUGCUAUUACUCAGGUCAAGACGUUGCUUAUCGCUGGUAGCGGCACAACAUCAGACACGGUCUGCUUUGGACACAUGCUACUGAGCGUGCAUCCAAAAGUAGUUCGAAAGAUGCGAGAAGAGCAUGACCGUGUCUUCGCUCCCGGCAUCGACGCAACAUACGAUCUUCUAGAGGCUAACCCGUACAAAAUGAACGACCUUGUUUACAAGAUUACCGUAAUCAAAGAGAUUCUCAGAUUCUAUCCGAUAGCUACACUCGCUCGUGCAAAGUCUCUUGUAGCACUUUACACCCUCGAGGAGAAGAUCAAUGCUACUUCCAACAGCGCACCUGGCGUUGCCCGUCUCGGUAUUCCACCUUACCAAUGGUGGAACGAGGGACUCCACGGCAUUGCAGGUCCCUUUACUAGCUUCGCCAAGCAAGGCGACUACAGUUACUCAACAUCCUUCCCCCAGCCUAUCUUGAUGGGUGCCGCCUUCGACGACAACCUGAUUACCGAGGUUGCAAAUGUUAUUUCCACUGAGGCGCGAGCUUUUAACAAUGUCAACAGAACGGGUCUCGACUUUUGGACGCCCAACAUCAAUCCCUUCCGUGAUCCUCGAUGGGGACGUGGGCAAGAGACUCCCGGAGAGGACUCGUACCACCUUAGUUCUUACGUCAAGGCUUUGAUCCAUGGACUCCAAGGUAACGAAACGGACCCUUACAGGCGUGUGGUCGCUACCUGCAAGCACUAUGCUGGGUACGAUAUCGAAAACUGGAACGGCAACCUCCGCUACCAAAAUGAUGUUCAGAUCUCACAGCAGGACCUUGUGGAAUACUACCUAGCUCCAUUUGAGGCUUGUGUUCAAGCCAAUGUUGGCGCCUUUAUGUGCUCUUACAACGCCGUUAACGGUGCGCCACCAUGUGCCGACCCUUACAUGCUUCAGACAGUUCUCCGUGAGCACUGGGGCUGGUCCAGUGAUGAGCACUGGGUCACAUCAGACUGUGACUCUAUUCAGAACGUGUACUUGCCUCACCAAUGGUCUUCGACUCGUGAGGGCGCUGCUGCCGACUCUCUGAAUGCGGGCACUGAUCUGGAUUGUGGUACUUACCUGCAGUCGCAUCUUCCUGGAGCUGUCAAGCAGGGUCUCACUAACGAGACUACCCUUGAUAAUGCUCUCAUUCGCCAGUACUCUUCUCUCAUCAAACUUGGUUACUUUGAUAUACCUGAAAACCAGCCCUAUCGCCAGCUUGGCUUUGAUGCGGUAGCAACUAGUGCUUCUCAGGCACUUGCUCUCAAAGCUGCUGAGGAGGGCAUCGUUCUUCUGAAGAACGACGGCGUUCUUCCAAUUAACUUCGGUUCCAAGAAUGUUGGUAUCUACGGUGACUGGGCCAACGCCACUUCGCAAUUGCAGGGCAACUACUUCGGAGUCGCCAAAUUCUUGACUAGUCCAUAUAUGGCCCUCGAAAAGCUUGGUGUUAACGUUAGAUAUGCGGGCAAUCUCCCAGGCGGUCAGGGAGACCCUACUACAGGCUCCUGGCCUCGCCUCUCCGGCGUCAUCACCACGAGUGACGUGCACAUCUGGGUCGGUGGGAUGGACAAUGGCAUUGAAUCCGAAGAUCGAGACCGCUCCUGGUUGACCUUGACAGGUAGCCAGCUUGAUGUUAUUGGUCAACUCGCCGACACUGGAAAGCCGGUUAUCGUAAUUAUCAUGGGAGGUGGCCAGAUAGAUACCUCCCCGCUCAUCAAGAACCCCAAGAUCUCUGCGGUCCUAUGGGCUGGAUACCCCGGCCAAGACGGCGGCACCGCCAUCGUCAACAUUCUCACUGGAAAAGCUGCUCCUGCUGGACGUCUCCCACAAACACAGUACCUAUACAAAUAUGUCUCCGAGGUACCAAUGACGGACAUGGCUAUGCGCCCAAGCAACAAGAACCCUGGCCGCACAUACAAGUGGUACACCGGCAAGCCCAUCUUCGAAUUCGGCUACGGUCUCCACUACACCAACUUCUCCGCCAGCAUCACCAACCAGCCAAAACAGAGCUACGCCAUCUCUGACCUCGUCAAAGGCUGCAACAGCACCGGUGGCUUCCUCGAGCGCUGCCCCUUCACCGGCAUCAACGUCAGCGUUCAGAACACGGGAAAGACAUCUUCCGACUACGUCACUCUCGGCUUCCUCACCGGUUCCUUCGGUCCCAAGCCGUACCCCAAGAAAUCCCUCGUCGCCUACGACCGCCUCUUCAACAUCGCCGCUAGCUCUUCUUCGACUGCUACGCUCAACCUUACGCUUGCGUCUCUUGCACGUGUGGAUGAGUCCGGCAACAAGGUCUUGUAUCCUGGAGAUUACGAGUUGCAGAUUGAUAAUGCGCCGCUUGCUAGCGUCAAGUUUGCACUUACUGGCAGCGAGACGACGCUGAGCAAGUGGCCGCAACCGCCUUCCAACCGUACGGGUCAGGGUGUGGAUUUCUUCGGAGAUUAUUGGUAUGGUGGGAAUUAAAUAGAAAGAAUUAAACAAGGUC